AUGGCGGAUUCGUGCAGGAACCUCACCUACGUGCGGGACUCGGUGGGCCCAGCCACCAGCACCCUGAUGUUCGUGGCGGGCGUGGUGGGCAACGGGCUGGCACUAGGCAUCCUGGGGGCGCGGCGACGGUCACGCCCCUCGGCCUUCACCGUGCUCGUCACCGGACUGGCCGUCACCGACCUGCUGGGCACUUGCUUCCUGAGCCCCGCGGUGUUCGUGACCUACGCCCGCAACAGCUCGCUGCUGGGCCUGGCCCGGGGCCGCCCCACGCUCUGCGACACCUUCGCCUUCGCCAUGACCUUCUUCGGCCUGGCCUCCACGCUCAUCCUCUUCGCCAUGGCCGUGGAGCGCUGCCUGGCGCUCAGCCACCCCUACGUCUACGCCCAGCUGGACGGGCCGCGCUGCGCCCGCCUCGCCCUGCCUGCCGUCUACGCCUUCUGCACCUUCUUCUGUUCGCUGCCCCUGCUGGGCCUGGGCCAACAUCAGCAGUACUGCCCGGGGAGCUGGUGCUUCAUCCGGAUGCGCGCCACGGAGCCGGGCGGCUGCGCCUUCUCACUGGCCUACGCCAGCCUCGUGGCCCUGCUGGUGGCCGCCAUCGUCCUCUGCAACAGCUCCGUCACCCUGAGCCUCUGCCGCAUGUAUCGCCGGCAGAGGCGCCACCAGGGCUCGCUGGCGCCCGGGCCCCGGGCGGGAGAGGACGAGGUUGACCACCUGAUUCUGCUGGCUCUCAUGACGGGCAUCAUGGCCGUGUGCUCCCUGCCUCUCACGGUCCGAGGCUUCACCCAGGCCAUCGCCCCGGAUAGCAGCGAGGUGGGGGACCUCCUGGCCUUCCGGUUCAACGCCUUCAACCCCAUCCUCGACCCCUGGGUCUUCAUCCUCUUCCGCAAGGCUGUCUUCCAGAGGCUCAGGACCUGGUUGUGCUGCCUGUGCCCCAGGCCUGCCCACGGCGACUCGCAGACACCCCUCUCCCGGCCCGCCUCGGGGAGGAAGGACUCAAGGGCCCCCACUGCUCUUGGGGGGAAGGAGGAGAGAUGGGUGCCCCUGUCAGCCUGGGGCGAGGGGCGGGGGGGACGCUUACCCCAGGCACAGCGAUCCGCCAGCACCACGGGAACGUCAUCCAAAGAGGGGUCGGCGGCGGCCUGCUCCCUCUGCUGACCCGGCUGCCACGAUCUCCUGCCCUGUGUCCCGGAAGCAGGAGCCGGACACACAGGGGCGGCACGGCCGCUGGUGGACAAGCGGGGAUGAGUCUCGGGGUCCUUGUCUGCUGGAAUCUCGACCCCCUGAAUGCGGGGGGUGAUCAGCUGCUAUUCCCCUAUGUCUCCUUCUUCAGGGUGGCCACGGCAGGCUCUGGGAGAAGAGGGAGGGACAGAGGGGACGUUUGUCCUGGAACACAAAAAGAACAGGUCUCUCAAAAUAACUGGGGGCCUGGCCGGCCCGCUCUGGUCCUCGCUUGCCCAUCUAUCUCACUGUCUAAAUAUUUAGAGGGCGGGAAAGUUCCCAGAAGCUUCUGUGCACUCAGGUCUGCUCUGGUUCAGGUUCUGGCUCUGAUCCUCAUCCCUUCGGGGUGCUUGGCUGGCCCGCCCCCAAACCCCAGGGGACAUCCCUGCCCUCUCCCAGGCCACUCCAAAAGCCACCCUCUCUGCUGCCUCAUGAGAACCAGAGAUUCUUGGACAAGCUCCCUGCCUCCCCUCACUCCUGAUUUCCCAUCAGACGUGGAAGAGAUGGGGCGGGGGGGGGGGGACCAGAGGAAGGAAAGAUUGUCAUAUGCUAGGUGGCACUCUGGACACGUGCCUGGGAAGCUGCAUGGCUUGGUGGCCUGCGAGAUGUGGACUGUGGGGGCGGGAGCCCGGGUGCUGGCGGAGACGAGGGCGACCCGAGGACAAGGGCACGGGAGUUAGGGAUCCCAGGGACCACCCGGGCACAGGGACGCAGACCCAAGUCCCUGUGCCUGUCCCUGAGUAAACAGCCGCCCGCUUACUUACAAAGCCUGACCUCAGCUCAUGUGUCCUCAGAGCCCUCACAAAAAUGUCAUUGAUUCCUUCCACAAAUAGCGGGCACUGACUCUGCAGGUGUUGGAGACCCUAGACCAGUCUAUGCCCCGCCCCGGGACUCCGCUGGGGUGAUCGCCAGCCUUCUGGCUUCUGGCUUCAUGGCCUUCGCCUGCCCACAGAGAGGCCAGAGAUCAAGGGUGCUUGGGAGGGAGCUGACUGACAGGAAAGGAAGUGGUGUUUGGGGUGGUAGGCGGUGAACAGAGGGACAGCCGGGACAGCUUUUUCCCCCCAGCCCCUCCCAGUUCCCCUUUGUAGUUGCUCUAGGGUUAAAACCAUAAAUACGUACCUGGGGAGGGACCGGAGAGGGAGGCAUGGGCUUCCCAUAGAGAUAACAGCAGCUGACAUCAUUGAGUCCUCUGCUCUGCGGGGGGGGGGGGGGGUGCACCCUCUCUCCAGCCUGCUCUUAUUGGAGCCUUUCCACAGAAGCUGGAGUGAAGGCCCAGAGAGGGCAAUCGCCAGCCUUGGGUCGCACAGCGAGGAGGAAGCACAGUCUAAGGGUGCAGUUGAUCUUUCUAUCUCCGGAACCCAGCUCGCUUGGCUAGUGGCAGUGCCUCCCUGGGCCCUGGCUUCCUUUUGUGCAGAAGGGCGAUGAUAACGUAGUAUUCAGUUCACAGGGCUGUGCUCAGGAUGACCCCGUUCCCCCUGGAAAGCAGCGUAGCACAGUGCUUUCCUGGAAUAAAUACCCCAAGACGCGUUACUGUUAUUGCCAUCCUUGUCGCUGCUAUUGUUGUCUGUGGCUUGAAACGUGGGUUGAGAAAAAGCAACACUUUGCUUCCGUUGUUUCCCCAUUUCUUUUUUUUUUGUUUUGUUUUGUUCCCCAGCCACUAUGAUUUGAAUCACAUUACCGGAGAAAGAGGGGUGUCUGGGAGAGUUAAAAAAUAGGUCCAGACGAUCGUCUUUAAUGGCCAUGGGCUUCCUUUUGGGGUGAUCAAAACGUUCUGGAACUAGGUAGCGCCGAUGGUCGUACAACACUGAAAAUAUACUAAACGUCUCUGAA